AUGGACGAAGUGGCCGGAGGGCUGCCGUCAGCCACCCAGCCGGUGGCGGAAGGUGAAGCACGAAGGGCCCCCCACUCGGGUAAGAGAGUUAAGAUCCUUAAGCGAUCCUUUGCUGAAGCUGCAACAGCCUCCCCCAGGCUAGAUGAUGACACCAUGGUGGAAGAGACGGACGAUGACUGGCUGGGCGAAGGCUUCGUGGUCGAACCAGACAAGGAGACGGAGAGUGUAAGGGAUGGAAUCCCAGUUGCCAAGUUUCCUAAAGCUUUCCGCGAAGAGCUUGUGAAACCUUGGCGUAAGGCGCUUAUUGUCAAGUUCCUGGGGAAGCCGCCAGCUUUCCCACUUCUGAAACAAAGGCUGCUCAAACUCUGGAACAUCAACGACAAGGUGGAGAUGAUAGACGUUGGCUUUAACUUCUACAUCGUACGCUUUAACGUGGCUUCUGAAUAUAGGCACGUUCUCCUUGAUGGUCCUUGGAAACUGUUUGGUUGUUAUGUGAUUCCCCAGAGAUGGAGGCCAAAUUUUGACCCCCAGACUGCUAAAAUGGAGAAGAUGACCGUGUGGGUUCGUCUCCCAGGCUUGUCGGCAGAAUACUACCGAGAUGAUGCAGUCAAGAAUAUUCUGAUUCAUGUGGGAAACCCGAUCAAGCUAGACAGAUGCACAGCGGGCGUAGAUCGUGGGAUGUUUGCGCGUGCGGCUGUUGAGAUCGAUCUUUCGAAGCCUCUUGUCUCGAUGGUUUGGGUUCUCGAUCGAAUUCAAAAGGUGGAGUUUGAAGGCUUGCACACCAUAUGCUUCACAUGUGGUGAGGUAGGGCAUGUAUCUACGCAUUGCAAGCUAAACAGACCAUUGGAGGAGAAUGUACCGGAAACCAACCCCACGUCAGAGAUGAAUGUUGACGACUUGGCACAGGGUGACGAAGGGGAAACUCCAAUGGCUACGCCGAUCGAAAAAUAUGGUCCUUGGAUGAUCGUAUCGUACAAGGGUAACAAAACCAAGAAGGAUGGUCGUAAUCAUUCGAAACCGGCGAUCUCUAAAAACAAAAAGAAAGAGCCGAACAGAAAAGGGAAAGGAGUUGUGGUUGAUGUUGAACCGGAAUCCAGCAAAACGGCAACUGCACGUCGGAAAACGAAACCGGCACCUCCACCGGUGAACAAGGAAAUCGGUGAUUUGCAUGAAGCUCCUAUUUUUCUGGAAGAGGAAUUUAGUGGUAAACAGAAGACCACAAAAAAACCCCAGAAAAAUAGAAAAGGUAAAGCUUCAAAUAUGGUGGGUGAUCCUAAGCAAACACCAGACAUGAACCAAUCAGCUCAGCAGUCUACACUGGGUUUUAAUGGGGGUUUCGUGUUUGGGGCAGUACCUGGGCACCAAACCAACCUCGGUAAUCACGAUAGGAUGAGAUUUAUGGAAGGUGGGCAGCAUAACGUGACUAGCAACCCCAGUUUGGUGACGCUUAAGGAAGGCGAUGUCUCAACUUCCUUGCCUCCCUAUCACUCUCAAUGA